AUGUCUAUCUCUACAAUCGAGGAGUGUGACUAUGUUGUAGUAGGUGCUGGGUUCUAUGGGCUUGCAGUAGCAAAACAACUACAUUGCACACAGCCUGACCGUACCCUGUUAAUAUUUGAAGGUCAAUCUGCUCUGGGUGGCAAAUGGGCUAAGGAUAGGCUGUUCCCAGGCCUAAAGAGUAAUAAUCUAUUAGGGACAUACGAAUACCCCGACUUUCCCAUGACUGCUGAUAGGUUCGAUGUCAAACCGGGCGAGCAUAUUCCUGGAGAAGUAAUUAACACGUACAUCAAAGCGUAUGCCGAAGAAUUUGGCAUCAUUGAUUUCGUCAAGCUUGAAACCACAGAAGAUAUUUCACAGCAAGGACUUCCCAAAGAACUUGGAUACGUUGAAAGCAAAGACCGUUACUGUCUUUGGGCUGGAAAGUCUGGAUGGGAUGCCGUAUACCAAUAUGCCAUAGCUGGUGUCAAAGUAAAUUGGGUCAUUCGAUCAAGCGGUCAUGGCCCUAUCUGGAUGGCGCCCCCAUAUGUAACGCCGUUCAAGAAGUGGAUCGAGAAACUUGCAAACACCCGCUUUCUUACCUGGUUCAGUCCGUGUAUCUGGGGUGAUGCUGACGGUUAUUGGGGUAUCCGUUAUUUCUAUCAUCGGACUGCAAUUGGGCGCUUUAUAGUAGAUCGCUUUUGGAAUAUACUCAGCCAGGAUGUCAUCACUAUAAAUAAAUUCGACUCCCACCCGGAUACAGCCAAGUUGAAACCUUGGGUUCACGUCAUGUUCACUGGAUGCAGUUAUAGCAUUCUAAACUACGAGCAUGACUUUUUCGAACUCGUUAAGAGUGACAAGAUCAAUAUUCAUAUCGGGGAGAUCAUCCGGCUAAGCCCAGGGAAAGUUCACCUUGCCGAUGGUACCGAGUUCGAAUCCGAGGCGUUUCUAGCGAAUACGGGCUGGACGCAUGUUCCACCUAUUAAAUUCCUUCCAGAAGGGAUUGAAAAGGAACUUGGAAUUCCCCACGAGGUUGCAGAAAACGCGCCCGUACAAGACCUGGCAAACAACCAUGCACUCCUAGGACGAGCUGAUAAGGAAAUUCUAGAACGUUUCCCGAGACUCAAAAUACAACCAGUAUGGAACAAAAAUUUCGGUUCUCUCAUAAAUCAGAAAGGAAUCAGCGCUGAUGAAAGAUCUCGUAUACCCCUGACACCAUAUAUGCUACACCGCUUCCUCGUCCCUGCGUCCCCUCGUUUUCUGCGGCCUCGAGAUAUAGCGUUUAUAGGCCAUCAAACCAACUUCAGCAACAUCAUCACUGCGCACAUUACAGGGCUUUGGGUCAGCGCCUAUUUUUCAGGAAAACUGACAAGGGAUCCUUCGAAGGCCGUCGACGAUAAGGAAGAGAUGGAGAAGUUGCAAUAUGAGACUGUGCUGCACAAUAGAUUCGGCAAGUGGCGGUAUCCUACCGAGUGGGGGAAUAAAGGCCCGAAUUUUACCUUUGAUGCUGUCCCCUAUUUCGAUCUACUUCAGCGGGACCUCGGAUUGAAUCCGUUUCGGAAGAGCAAUACUCUUACAGAGAUGUAUGAUCCGUAUGGGCCGGAGGAUUAUCGUUAUAUCAAUGAAGAAUGGCUGGAAAAGCAAGCUCAAGCAUCUGGAGCGGAUAAGUCUGUUGACUGA